CGUCUCUCUUCAGCGAAAAUCUUUUCCGCACGAUGGCCGACCUGGUGGUGAGCGAAGGAUAUGCCGCCCUCGGUUACGAGUACAUCAACGUGGACGAUUGCUGGCUGGAGAAAUCCCGGGGACCUCGCGGUGAGCUGGUUGCCGAUCGUCGUCGGUUUUCCAGCGGCAUGAAAGCCUUGGCCGAUUACGUGCACUCCAAGGGACUGAAGUUCGGUAUCUACGAGGAUUACGGUAAUUACACCUGCGCCGGGUAUCCGGGAAUCCUAGGGUUCUCUCAGAACGAUGCCGCCCAAUUUGCCUCCUGGGAUGUGGACUACGUCAAGCUGGACGGAUGCUACUCGCUGCCGAUCGAUAUGGACCACGGAUAUCCAGAGUUUGGGCGGCACCUGAAUGCUACCGGACGGGCGAUGGUGUACUCCUGCAGUUGGCCUGUCUAUCAGAUCUACGCCGGAAUGAACCCCAACUACUCGUCCAUCAUUCAGCACUGUAACCUGUGGAGAAACUACGACGACAUCCAGGACUCGUGGGCCUCGCUGGAAAGUAUCAUCGACUACUACGGUAACAAUCAGGACGCCAUCAUCCCGAAUGCCGGUCCAGGACACUGGAACGAUCCCGAUAUGUUGAUCAUCGGAAACUUCGGGCUGAGUUACGAACAAUCCAAGACCCAGAUGGCACUGUGGGCUAUCAUGGCGGCCCCGUUGAUGAUGUCCGUUGAUCUGAGAACGAUCCGGCCGGAGUUUAAGGCAAUUUUGCAGAACAAGAAAAUUAUUGCCGUGGAUCAGGACCCGCUCGGAAUCCAGGGGCGGAGGAUUUAUAAGCACAAAGGCAUCGAAAUCUGGUCCCGACCGAUCACCCCCAUCUAUCAAACGUUCUACUCCUACGCCAUUGCCUUCGUGAACCGCAGAACUGACGGAACACCCUCGGAUGUGGCCGUAACUCUACGGGAACUGGGUCUGAUUUCGCCAACCGGCUACAGGGUUGAGGAUCUGUACGAGGAAGUCGACUAUGGAAUACUGAGCCCCCAGACCAAGAUUAAGGUUAAGGUGAAUCCUUCCGGUGUGGUGAUUCUGCGUGCCGACGUCCAGCCGGAACGAUUCUCUCGAAGGCCCUACAACCCAAUCUUCUACCGUUAUCCCAACUAAGCCAAACCGUAUUCUGGAACGAAGAAGAAAUAACGUGAAGGAAAACAAACAUCUUUCAAGCCUUUCUUAAUGGUACUAGAUAAGUCCCUCCCCUAUCAUCAGAGGGAUCCGAAGUCUGAAUCUACACAAACCGAUGGAAACAAAACUAAAAUAGCGAUUUUCAGAUCAACAAUAAGGAAUUGUAUUCUUGUAAAUCGUAUAAGUAAAUUCAAUUUAAUGACAUUUUAAACAUUGUAGAUAAAAAAAAGUACAGUGAUGAUAGACUAUUAUGAGUACUGAUUAAUCCACUGCACAGCGAAAGCUUCGAUUCAAACUUGGAUUGCGGCUUUUCGAGUUAUUAGUGCAAAUGUAUCAAAAAAGGAAGUAAUUGUACAAAUAAUUACCCAAAAACAUACUACGGGGCGUAUCUUCAUAGAAAGAUACCAUCCCUUCUACAAAAUCGCAAAAGCAAUCCGACAAAAACUUGACAAUAUGUGCCAGCUCCUGAUUAGAGAAAAGACCACAAACUCCAGUUGAAAAUUUCAAACCCCUCUUCAAAGGCGAUGCGAUACAUUUUCGGGAAACCAAACGAGAUCAAAACAAAUAUUAAGCAAUAAAAAUAAAGAAAUCAGUUUUAAAAUAGUUAGAAAAUAAUCCACACGAGCUGAUGGCGAGAUUUAAAAUCGAAAGGUAAUUCGAGUGAUGGGAAAUGCUGAUUUUGAGAGCAAUUAGUUUUUGUGAUGGUGAUAUUUAUUGUAGAUGUUCCAUUUGUUUUGCUGCCCCAAACCCACUUCGGUCGGUUGCGGGUGGUUGCGAAACUUUCCGGAAACAGUUUUAUAGACAGUAAAAUCAAGUAAACAGCACAACAUAGCCUCAUAGUGCCGCCGUAGGUCUAAGGUUCUGUAGAACGUCGUUUGAACAUUUCUCGUGGUUGAGAAAAAACAACUUUUCAAACGAAACAAGUUACACGCACAGGAAAAAAAAUUUCACCAUCUAAAUAUAAUUUUAAAACCAAAAUGUCAAUCCCUCACGUAAAAAAUCCCAAAUUUAAAUACAACUCUCGAAAAACAACAAAACUCAACACUUGUUGCAGAAUAGCAAAUUUAACCACCUUUUCCACCUCCACACUUGGAAACAAAGGCACUAGAUACUGGUUGGUAAAACAUAAAAUCGCAUAAAAUUAGCAUAUUCGGCAAGGGAAAGGAACAGCAGGACUAACUAACACCCAACAUACAUACAUAGAUAGAUAGGAAAAGUCCGAUUCGAUGGCACACACAAUCGCUAAACGAUAUGCCCGUUUAUGUAAUUUAUUUUUAUCCUAGUGUUGUAAGUGAUAUGACAUUUCCAAUAAAGAUACAUGUGAUUCAAAAUA